UACAUAUCGGCCUAUCGACCGACCCAUGUUCGAUGUUUCUCCUCCGCGCCGGCAAUCGCAGAAGAGACUAACAACCAUUCCCGGCCACCUACGACCCAGAGCCCUGAUACCUAUGGUUGAUCAUUGUUACCCGGACAGAUGACCACCGGUCUGAUGCGGAGAUUCUCAAGCUCUGCCCGCACGCAGCUCCCGCGAUCCACAAGCAGCUCCCUCACAGCGCCCCGGCUGCUGGGGCUGAAGCAGUACCAGAGGAACAUCACAGACGUACGGCCGCGACAGGCAUCGGUGUCGCGCAGCUGGUUCACGAGCACCACGCCAUGCGCCUACCCGGAGCUCGAUGAGCGCGAGCAGAAGCGCGUCAACGAGCGCAGCCUGAAGCUAGGGAACACUAUCAGAGUCCUCCACGAGUGCCUCCCGAAUCUCCUUAACUCGCCGCUACCGUCAGACAUGCUCUCGCCACAGAUCAGCCUCCACCUGUUCCCCUCAACGCACCCUCAUCUUCCCACUGUCAGCGGAAAGCUCGCGUACACAGCUGCGCUAUGGACAGCUCCAGUCGCAUGGGGUCGAGUGCCUGUAAUCGGCAAUGUGAAGCUCAAGAUACUGUCUGAGCGCAUGGUUAAGAACGGCUGCGGACCUUCAGUACCCGCGCAUAUGCGCAACGAAAAGCUGAUCGUCAAAUGGCAAACGUGCGGCAGGUCGGGCAAAGAGGACAGCAGACAUGUCAGCGAGACCUUCGAGAGCGUCACAAAUAUCGUGCGGGGCUCACGACCGUCAGACGAAGAGUUCACUGGCUUGUUCGUAUUCGAGUUUGACGAGGAGGGCCGGAUUGUCCACCAUACCAUUGAACACACUGAAGAAGGUCAUAACUGGGACAAGACGACGAAGUUCAUCAGCGUCACAGACUGGCUGCUGGGCAGAGCAUGGGGCAGGAGGGAAGAGACGCCCAGCCUGGCCUUUGUGCGAUGCGAAAGAGAGAAGAGCGCCAGGGCACCGCAGAGGUCGGUAAGAACGAACAUGUGGAGGUAGCCCACCCCUCGAUAUUCAGUGUUGUCCCUUUCGUCGCCCUGUAUCUUGUAUAUAUGUACGGCAGCCACAGCGGCUAGCCUCACUGCUCCUGUACAAAAUGUGUAGUCACGACGCAACGAGUCUCUGUUGUAUACAUAGCAUCUGUUGUUGCAGCAAACAUCAAUGAAAC